AUGGCUGCAUUUGUUCAGACUAUAUCGACCCUAGCCGGGUGGCUCCAGUUCGAUAGGUUUCACGACAGUGAGCUCCACGUGUCCGGAGCGACCACAUCGGCAAGGCUGAGCAUAUUCAGCGCGCCACAGCUGAGGCAGGUGUUCGUGCAACCAAAUGAGCAUAUCCGUGAGCUGUACAUCUACAAAACGGCGAUCGAAUAUUUGCCCCGUGGAUUGCGCAACAUGGCCAAUCUAGAGAUACUGCAGGUUUGCGCGGGAAAGCUCUCGCAGUUUAACCUCGGCUCACUAUCGUCCUCGCAACGGUUCUCCCUCGUAGAUUUGUCGAGCAAUAGGGUUGCUUCCUUGGUCGGUAUCGGGAAUACUGUUAACAUUGGAAUGCUCGAACUGAGUGGCAACGAGCUGUCGGUCGUGGAUAUGGCAUUUUUUCGGCAGAUAGAAAAUCUUACCUACCUCAACCUGGAGGCUAAUCGUAUCGCUCGAAUCGAAUGCUCACAGCCAGUCUCGUUUGCCUCUUUGGCACAGCUUUCGAUGGCUGAAAACCAGUUGUCAUCGUUCCAAACACCGGGCAUGGAGUUUCCUGUCCUAGUGGAUCUCCUUCUAGCUGGCAACAAUUUAACAAGCAUACCUAGAAAUCUGGCCAAGUAUCCUGCGCUGCAGCGGUUGGACCUGAAUCGGAAUAAAAUUGUACUAGCAGAUCUUGCCUCCAUACGGUUAGCCCGGAACAUGGACUCGCUUUGGCUGGGCGAGAACAGGAUCACGUCCAUCAUAUGCUCGAGCCCAGUUAGUCACGACAGGUUGAAGAUCAUCUUGCUUAACAAAAAUCAGCUCGAGCGUCUUAACUUUUCCGGGUGCAAUUUUCCCAACAUGACCACGCUCGCUGUGCGAUCCAACAAGUUUACAGUAGUUCCCUCGAACGUCUUCCAGCUGUUGCCAGGCGUACGUAUAAAUUUGGAGGGACAUCAGUUCCCGUGUGCCGACCUUUUGAGCUACAGUAAAGAACUCAAAGAUCGUAAAAUAAUCGUCAAUUCAGUUUGGGGCAGUGCGCCCUGUCCGACGAAAGGGGGUUUCUUCAUAGGCUCGCAGGAAAAGGCCUGUUGCGUGGAAUAA